ACCAUAGGAAAAACAACAAUCAGCAACAUGUACAAAAUUGUGAUCCUCCUUGCCACCAUCGCCCUGGCUGCGGCGAAGCCCAGCAUCGCGCCAGUAGCAUACGCUGCCGCCCCGGCUCCUCUAGUAGCCGCCCCUGCCCCGGUAGUGGCUGCCCCCGCGCCUUUCGUCACCGCCACCAGCUCUCAGUACGUCGCAAGGAACUACAACGGCCUUUAUGCCGCUGCUGCUCCAUUAGUCGCCGCCCCCGCUCCGGUUGUAGCGGCCGCCCCUGCGCCUAUUGUGGCUGCCGCGCCCGCGCCUCUAGUGGCCCCCGCGGCUAGAUUCGUGGCCGCAGCACCGGCACCACUUGUGGCCCCAGCACCGGCACCACUCGUGGCCCCGGCCCCAGUUGUACCAGCGUUCGCUCGUUACGCCGCCGCUCCCUAUGCUGCCGCCCCUUACUAUGCUCCAUCACCUUACUACGCUCCUUCCGCACCCCUCAUCGCCUACCCGACUAAUCGAGUCACUCCAUCCACAAUGUCACUGCUAACACUAGUCAUUUCCAUCGUCGGGAUCCUAGCUAACUGUUCUGCUAGUGGGAUACCCCAUCUGUUACCAGCGAUCAGAUCACUACCAGUGGUGCGCUAUGCUCCGUUCUACAACUUCCCGAAUGGAGUGCGAUCAAUACACGCUGUAGCACCGGCCGUGGCACCAGCUCCAGUAUUCGCGGCGCCGCUAGCUGCUCCUCCUCCAAUCCUGCCGCCUCCUCCACCAGCGUUUGCUCCAGCACCGCUAGUCCCUGCACCAGCGUUCCCCGCACCGGCUUUCCCCGCGCCUGCCUUCCCUGCACCCGUAUUACCAGCUCCAGCGUUCGCGGCGCCAGUAUUACCAGCCCCCGCAUUCCCGGCUCCAGUGCUACCAGCACCGCCGCCAGCCUUCGCGCCGGCACCGGUCUACCCUUUCCUGCCUAGAGUGGCCCCUGCCGUGCCAGCACUACCUGCUCCAAUAUUCGCUAGAGCUGCAGUACCAUUCGCACCUGUGAUCAGACCUGUGGCCCCGGCUUUGCCUGUUGCACCAGCGCCACUCUUCGCUCCCGCAGUAGCACCUGCUCCAUUUGGACUGGCCCGAGUGUACCCACACGCACACAGAUUCCUCGCCCCAGCACCGGUGUUACCCGCGGCGCCACUUGUCAAACAGUUUUGGAAAUGA